AUGGACGCAAGCACAAAGGUGAAGAAGGGAGCCGGAGGAAGGAAAGGCGGAGGACCAAGGAAGAAAUCGGUGACAAGAUCCGUCAAAGCUGGUCUUCAGUUCCCCGUCGGAAGAAUCGGUCGUUUCUUGAAGAAAGGUAGAUAUGCUCAGCGUGUUGGUACUGGUGCUCCUGUUUACCUUGCGGCUGUUCUAGAAUAUCUUGCUGCUGAGGUUCUUGAGUUGGCUGGAAAUGCGGCACGUGAUAACAAGAAGAAUAGGAUUAGUCCAAGGCAUUUGCUGUUGGCUAUUAGGAACGAUCAAGAGCUUGGGAAAUUGCUUGCUGGUGUGACUAUUGCUUAUGGUGGUGUUCUUCCUAAUAUCAACCCUGUGCUUUUGCCUAAGAGGAAAGAAAGUGCCGCGAGUGCUCCUAAAUCUCCUUCCAAGGCCAAGAAAACUCCCAAGAAGGCUUAG